CUCUCGCUGCGGUCGCUGCAGAGAGGAGCCGUUUUUGGCUCCCCCUCGACCAUCAUGUUCUCCCCAGUUAUAAGUCCCAUCCUGCCGACCGUGUCCUUCCCUGCUUCCAUCCUUCCUCCCAUGAGCAUCUCAGUGCUUCCUAUCCUUUUGAAGUCUUUCCUUGUCCACAAAACUGCUGUUAUCCUCACCUUCUUUAUUCCUACUCCAGGAUUUCCUUUGUUUCCCAGUUCCCCACAGGCUGUGUCGACCAUGGCGCCUCGCUCCUGACCGACAACAGAUCUGAUAGUGACUCCACUAGCGACCUGGAACUUGAUACUGCCUCAUGAACACUAUUUGGC